UCGCAUCAUCACUCCCUCACUCAUCCCCCUCUCUCUCUCGCUCGUCUUGCUGCUCCCCUCCCCUCCACCCCUCUCUCCCUCUUCCUCAUUGACCUCUUUCUCCCUACUUCCUCACCCCACCUACUCCUGUUUUUAAUCUCCCCUCCCUUCCUCCUCCCCACCGGGCUCUCCAUGCCUGGUAUCGGCUCCGGCGUCUAAGUCCGUGACACAGCUUCAGUUUGAACCAUGCCGAUCCGUCCGUUGGAUGAAUGGGCCGCUACCCGCACCCAAUCCCUCCCCCUCUCAGCUCUCAAAGGAGCGGCUGUCGGUAUCGAUGCGUCGCACUACAUUUCUCAACACCUCCUCCAACCCUCCACACGCGAACCCCUUCUGAUCGCCCUGGGUGGAUUCCCAUUUGCACUGAAGAGCAACAUCGAGAAAGAACUGCAGGUGUAUAAGGAUCUGGGCGUGACCUGUAUUUUCGUGUUCAAUGGUCUCGACUUUGGCAAAAAGGAUCAACGACCCCACGUGCAGCAGGAGUCGGUCCGGGCAUUCGAGCAGGCAUGGGACCUCUACGAUCAACAACAGGCCGAUCAAGUGGUGGAUGCCUUCAGCAGCGCGGGUAUGAAACUGGAACUGGCUUUUUGAACUCGUUGCCCUGACUGUCCUGUCCUAGGCACCCCUCGUCCCGAGUCCCUCUACCGAUUUUUGCAGCGCAUUCUCAUCCAACAAGGCAUCGAGUACAUUGUGGCCCCUUAUAGUGCUGCAGCU